AUGGUGCACCUCACCUACGCUCUUUCGCUCGUCCUGCUGCUCCCCUCCGCUUUCGCCGCAGAGUACCUCGUUGGAGUAGGAAAAGAUGAGACAACUGGGAGGAAGGGAAUGGGCUUUGACCCCUCCGUUAUCCACCCCGCGGCUGGCGAUGUAAUUGCGUUCGAGUUCCGAAGUGGCCAGCACAGCGUCGUCCAGUCCACCUUCGAGAACCCGUGCACUGGAAAUGGUGGCUUUAACACCGGCGUCUUCACGGUUGACGACUCCAUCCCUGUCGACGCACCGGGCCUCCCCACGGUCAGGCUGACCGUCAACGACACGAACCCUAUCUGGUUCUUUGAUGAGGCAGGUGGCCUGUGCAAGCAAGGCGCUGUCUUGGCCGUGAACCCUACCCUCGAGCUGUCUGCUGCUGCCUUCAAGGUCAACGCUGCCAACGCACCUGACGCCCCUGCGACCACCGCGGGCACCAGCACGACAGACGGUGGAGACUCCGAUACCGCGAGCUCUACGGCUACGGGUACUGCAGCCUCCGCCACCAACUCUACAAGUGCUGCUAUUCAGAACGGAAGCUCCGUGUUUGGUGCCCUCCUCGUGGCUCUGAUCGCCUUGUUCUGGUAG